AUGGCUCUUCUUCUUUUCGCAAAGAGGAGUCACAUCCUAUCUCAUUUCACUCCUCGUCUAGCCGCGGCCGUUAGCCUGAUUGCGCUCUCCAGUCUCAACUAUGGCUUCGAUAACCAGGGAAUUGCUACCAGCCAGGCCAUGGCUACCUACAAGCAUCAAUUCGGAACUUAUAACCCCAAAACGGGUUCUUAUGCCAUUCCGACUUACUGGACGUCUUUGUUGAAUAGCUUGAACUUUAUUGGAUUUGCUUUCGGAUUAUAUAUAGGCAGUAUUAUCAGCGCGCGGUACGGCCGUCGUAUGUCCAUGUUUUGCAUGUGCGUGUGGGCGACUAUGUCGGCAACGGUGUUGGUAACGUCGCGCCAAAUCGAGCAAGUCCUGGCAGGCCGUAUACUCAAUUAUACCUACAUCGGCAUGGAACUUUCCACCUGUCCACCGUUCCAGGCGGAGAUCGUACCUGCACCUAUACGAGGAUUUGCCGUGGGAACAUAUCAGACGAGUCUCCUACUUGGCGGAAUCAUCAUCAAUAGUGUUUGUCGCGGUACUUCUGGGCUGACGACUAACGCCGCUUGGAGAAUACCACAGACUUUGUUUUAUAUUAUUCCCACCGUGGUUGGAAUCGGUGUUUGGUUGAUUCCAGAGUCUCCUCGGUGGCUGCUUUUGCAAGGUCGUGAGAGGGAUGCCCUCGAAUCGUUACGCUUGCUUCGAACUACUGCAAGCCGGGAUGAUGAUUAUGAUUGUGAACAUGAACUCUAUCUGUUGAAAAAGUCCUUGCUAGAGGAGCAGAAUCAGGGAACGUAUAGGGAUCUCUUUCGCGGUAGCAAUCUGAGACGAACAUUCAUCGCUAUGGGGAUGAACUUUUUCAUUCAAGCCACUGGCUCACCGUUUACUGCUGCUUACGGCACCCUGUUUGUCCAGUCACUCAACUCGAUGAACGCAUUCGACUAUUCGAUCAUGAGUUCCUGCAUCAACACCUUCUGUUGUCUCGUUUCUACCAUGAUAACCGACAAGGUAGGCCGAAGACCUAUCCUGCUGAUAGGCUCGGCGCUACAAAUAACAUGGCUGUUCUCCAUGGCCGGCAUCGGUCUUAGCGAUAAUCCCACAUCUAGUGGGAAACACGCCAUUAUAGCCUUGACGGCACUCUCUUCAGCGAGUUUGUGCUUUAGCUGGGAUCCACUGAACUAUAUCAUUACAACCGAGUUACCAGCAUCCAGGCUACGAGAUAAGACGCAACGAGUUGCAUCAUCUGUCAAUAUCGCCACAAACUUUGCAUUCUCUUUCAGUACGCCUUAUCUUCUUGACGCGCCGUAUGCAAACCUCGGAUCAAAGGUUGGGUUUAUUUUCGGUAGUCUGGCUAUUGCUUCCUUUAUCUUUGCAUAUUUCUGUGUUCCAGAGAUGAAGGGACGUACGCUUGAAGAGAUUGAUGGGAUGUUUCAAAACGGAGUCCCUGUCUGGAAGUUUGGAAAGUAUCGGGGUUCGUUUGAGAUGGGGGCAUCGGAAAUGGCCGUCACUGUUGAAGAGGAAGAUGCUGUUUAUCAAGAGAUGCAUGUGGGCAAAUGAUAAUGGAUGGUGCAUUCAUACGAAGAAUUUGCUGGAGUUCCCCUGAGCUGGACAACUCGAUUAGGGUUGGGCGUUAUGGAACUUGGUACUCUAAUUGGCUCAAUCUGCUUAGUAAGAAUAUUCCUCGCAGCCAGCUCUUUCUAAGCUUCAUUUAUACACAAACAUUGUACAACACAUAUGAUAGAGUAUUUCCAUACUGAGGACAAAAGCCA